AUGAAGCUACCCACAGGCUGCCAUCUGCAGGCUUUCGCAGAUGACGUCCUGCUGGUCGUAACAGCGACUAAAGUCGACGAUUUGGAGAGAUGUACAAAUACCGCACUUACCAGAAUCAUCGAAUGGGGCAACAGCGUCAAGUUGCGAUUUGGACCAUCAAAAACGCAACUCAUCGCCUUCACUCCAAAAGCUAAGACGGCUCGCAUCUGCAUGGACGGGCAUCAGCUCAGUUUCUCACCAGACAUCAAAUACCUCGGGGUCAUCAUAGAUGAGAAGCUUCUCUUCGGAAAGCAUGUCAAGUAUGUCAUCAAUAAAGCAACGCGAAUUUUCAACUCGCUCUGUAUGUACACGAGACCCACAUGGGGUGCUCAUCCUGAAAACGUCAGCGCCAUAUACCAUCAGGUCAUUGUACCAACAGUAACAUACGCCGCCGGCGUUUGGGGACACGUAGUUAAAAAGAGGUGUAUAAGGAGGAGCCUCGAAAGCAUGCAACGCGGGUUUGCUGUCAAAGCCAUUAGGGCGUUUCGCACUGUUUCCACGUCCGCAGCACUCGCAUUAGCCCAAUUCAUGCCCUUGGAUCUCAAAAUUGGUGAAGUCUGCGCUGUGGAAAGGACCCGGCUUAACGGCACAACUGAUCAUCUUCCUAACGACAUUCACCUCGAAAAACCUACACCUAUUCCUAACCUGCUUCCUCCACCCGACAGAAUAACCAUAAAAACUAGGACCAACACAGAUAAUGAUCAUACUGACACAAUCCUAAGGCAGACCACACACCGGAUAUAUACUGACGGUAGCAAACAAGAAGACGGAGCAGUAGGCGCUGCGUUUGUCUGCUAUAAUCCGUCUAACACUUUCCAGACUAUAAAUACCACCAAAAAAUUCAAAUUACAUGACACAUGCACGGUUUUCCAGGCUGAACUAUAUGCUAUUCUACAAGCGUGCAAAUGGGCCCACACAAACAAACACACUCAUACCAUCAUCUUCACAGACUCACUCUCCUCACUCCACGCUAUCCAGAACAGAAGCAACACACACCCCAUAGUUACACAAAUACACCACACAAUACACACACACAUGGGAACAGGGAUAAUUGAAAUGGGAUGGAUCAGGAGCCAUACGGGCAUACCCGGAAACGAAGCCGCGGACUGUGCCGCAAAUGCUGGCUCCAAACUACACAAAACACCCGACUACUCAGCUUUUCCAAUCACAUAUCUGAAACACACUUAUAAACUGAACAACCUCAUAACCUGGCAAUCUAGGACUCCACAUAAGAAAGGAAAGGCAGAAGAGAAAGACAAAACUCCCCCAAAUAGAGAGGAGAUGGCUGGACCAUCUUCAAAAGAAGAUCAAGUAAGGAGUAAAGUGAGGAGAAGUAUCGGAGAGUGGGAAAAUGAAGGAAGGGAGUCAAAUCCCGAACCACAGGGCAGGACAUCUAAAUACGCCCCGGCAGUACGCACGAAGCAACUAGGGCCACCCCCCUCUAGUAGAUUUUCACUGGAGGAAGAGGGGAGCCAAAUGGAAAAGGAAGAGCCGAAGAAAAAAGACAGGGUAGCUGAAGCAAGAGCUUGCCUAAACAAGGCAAAGCUUUACUUAAAUAGCGCCAGAAACUUAAAAACGGAAAUAAAGAAUGAGGUGAUUCAAGUCAUUGACCGUCUUUACCAACUAGUGAAGGAGGCCGAAGCAGAGAAAAAGCCAGAAGAGGUCAGUGAACAGAAACAGGAAAUGGAAACACAAAGAAAAGAGCAAGGAAUAGAGAAACAAAGAGAAAGGAAGGAAAGCAUGGAAGAGAAAUUAAUUGAAAAGAUGGAACAACAUGGGAAGAUCAUAGAAGAAAAUAGAAAGGAAAUGAUAAAAUUAGGAGAAGCACUGAAGGAACAUGAUGCAACAACAAGUGAAUUGGAGACCUUGCAGAUAAUAACGGGACGUCGCUCACACACAGAUGCAAGGAAUAACUGGGGUAUACAAUUACCCGCACCUGAGUACAAGACCAACAAGAUACAAGGCAAAUUAGCGGCAAGGACAUAUAAAAAAUAUAACUAUGUGACAUCACUGACAUCGGCGACAUCGGUGACGCCGGGCGUGCUGGUGACGCUGGCGACAUUGGUGACGCUGGCGACUGGUGACGUUGGCGACACUGGUGACAUUGGUGACACUGGUGACAUUGGCGACACUGGUGACAUUGGUGACGCUGGUGACAUUAGUGACACUGGUGACAUUGGUGACGCUGGUGACAUUGGUGACGCUGGUGACAUUGGUCACACUGGUGAUAUUGGUGACGCUGGUGACAUUGGUGACACUGGUGACAUUGGUGACGCUGGUGACACUGGUGACGCUGGUGACAUUGGUGACGCCGGUCGCAUUGGUGACACCGGUGACAUUGGUUACGCUGGUGACGCUGGUGACAUCGGUGACACUGGUGGCAUUGGUUACGCUGGUGACAUCGGUGACACUGGUGACGCGAGGCCGCGCCGGCGGGGACAAGUCAUCAAUCCCCCCCUACCAUCCACCCCCUCACAGCUA